AUGAACAUCUGGAGGCAAUUCCCACACAAAAAACGCUUAAUUUACCGCGUAAACGAAGAGUAUAAGGUAAAUAAAACUACAGUAAGAAUGCCUUAUCUUCAGCUUUACAUCUACUAUACUCAACACGAACAGAGGACCUUUACGAAGAAUGAUUGGGCACGGUAAGAAUGGAGGAAUCGAGCGAACGCAUCAUUUGGUUAGAGAGUUAUUGUCAGUUUACAGAAUGCUUGAGAUGAAGACCACCAUGGAGCGACUCAAAUUUUGGGAUUUUUUGUAUAUAAAGGACGGAUUUAAUCUCAGAAAUGCGAAAAAUGUGUCUUUACAACAUGAAAAAGCUCGUGAAAUGGUAAUUCAUCCGCACCUCUUACGUAAAAAAAAAUUCAGGCUAAAAACGAAAAAGGUGAACAUGGGUACGGUAUUGGUGUAUUUGAUGAGAAAAGUAAGAAUCGAUGAGCGCCUAGAUUAAGUUAUAGAUUAUUUCAUGAGCUCACUGAGGCGACAAUGGGACUCUAAACUUCUCCAACCACCGAAAUUGAUAUUGGAUCUGCAAUAUCUUCCACGACUCAGCUACAACAACUUUGACAAAUUCACUUAUAAAACACGAGAAUUACUAGAAGCAAGUGGGAAGUACUGUAAUUGAUGUAUUUUAGGCCAAUUAUGGAUGUCCUCGUCUCUGUUUCCCCGUCGAAAUGAUCAACUGCAAUAUGGAGAAUGAUGAUCUCAGAAAGUUUUUAUCAAAAAUUUUUCGUAGAUUUAAGGGAUGUCUUAAUCUCCCCAAAUUACAUCAGUACAACCCUUACCACAAUUGUGGUGAUAUGAUUUAUGUGACAAAACAUGCAGUAAAUGCUCUUCGAGGACCCUUAAAUUAUGCGGGUGUUAUCCUUCCCAUCAGCAAUGAUGACAAAACAUGUGAUCUCUAUGCCAAAUCGAGUAAUCUCGUCAGUGCCCACCUGCCUUUCAAGGAGUGUUUCAAGUAAGAAUCAUAGUUUUGGAAUCUAUUUUCAGACUUCAUGAGGGAUCUCCGUCCAAGGUGUCAUUCCCCGUCUUUCACAACAUCGUAACCGACGUCUUCUUUAAUGGAGGUGAUUGGACUAAUGCUCUGCGGGCUAAUUAUUCGCCAGAUUUUUUGUUGUCAACGGCCGAGAGAAGGAGAACAAAGGAAAUGGACGAGAUCUCCUUGAAACGUUUGGCCAGAACGGACACUCGACUUCAGAUAAAUAAUAUUCUGCAGGAAUAUUUCAAGAAUAAGAAACAUAAAUAAAUAUUUAUUGUUGAAUCGUGCGUGCAGAGUAAGAUUGUUUCUAUUCUACAAUAUUUUCUCGCCUUUCAAAAAGGAUUAAAAAUACAAAAACUGGCCCCUUUUAUUGUCCCAGCCAGAGCCCAUAAGAUUUUUUUAGAAAUUUUUUGCAGACGAUGACUAAAAAUAGCGUUAUUCGUAUUUUAUAGAAUUAUUUAAUAAUUGUUGUCCCUGAGCCAUCUAAAAUAGCAUUGCAUACUUUGAAAAGUAUUUUCCCCUAAUUUUUUACAAACUGGUAACCUAUUAUAGUUUACUGUACAUAAAGGUGCAGAGUUCCCCAUUGUAAACUCCAGAUAAUUUUUUCCCCCGACGUUUUAAUGCGCGCAUCAGAUGAGAGAUUGCUGGCCCGAAAUUUGUUUUCUUUCAGUGCCUAUAAAAAUGUUGCGGGGAGACCCUAACGCUUUCUUUUUUCAGACUGACUCCUGCUUUUAUCUUGGUUUAGCGCCAAUUCUCUGAGAUCACCACGUUCUCCGAGUGAGUUUUCCUUUUUAAGUUUACGACCGAGAGAAGUGUAAACUUACCCUCGUUGUUGGGUCAUGUGUAAUUCAAGCGCGACGCUUGUCAUACUUAUUUUAUCGUUUCCAGUUUGGACCUAACUUCUUUGGCUACAUCUCCAGUGAUGCCUAACAUCAAAGUGUUCAGUGGUAGUUCCCACAAGGACCUUACCUCUAGAAUCUGCGAACGUCUUCAAUUGGAUGUCUCCAAGGCCUCUCUGAAGAAGUUCUCGAACAAAGAAACGAACGUUGAGAUCGGGGAAUCAGUCCGCGGGGAAGACGUCUACAUUAUUCAAAGUGGAUCUGGUGAGGUGAACGAUCAUCUGAUGGAGAUGCUGAUUAUGAUCAAUGCCUGUAAGAUUGCGUCUGCUUCUCGUGUAGCCGCUGUUAUCCCUUGUUUUCCUUAUGCCCGACAAGAUAAGAAGGACAAGAGCAGAGCUCCCAUCUCGGCCAAGCUUGUGGCAAACAUGCUGAGUGUGGCCGGAGCGGAUCACAUUAUCACUAUGGAUCUCCAUGCUUCUCAAAUCCAGGUACUUUUCUUUGCUUCUAGUUUUCUGCUUUAGGUAUACUGUAUCUUCUGGAAAUAAUAGUCUUAUAUAAUUUGAAGGGUUUCUUCGACAUCCCCGUGGACAAUUUAUAUGCCGAACCGGCCAUCCUUAAGUAUAUCAAGGAGCAUAUCCCUGAUUACGGUCAAGCCGUCAUUGUCUCUCCAGAUGCUGGAGGAGCCAAGAGGGUUACCUCGAUUGCAGAUCGAUUGAAUGUGGACUUUGCGUUGAUCCAUAAAGAGAGGAAGAGAGCCAAUGAAGUGGAGAAUAUGACCUUGGUGGGGAACGUGAAGGACAGAGUCGCGAUCCUGGUGGAUGACAUGGCUGAUACUUGUGGCACAAUCUGCCUGGCUGGGGAUAAAUUGAUCGAAGCUGGGGCACAGAAAGUUUAUGCUGUAUGUCGUUUGUUUAUAUUGCUGUAUGUAUGAUGAUUUUAUUUUUUCAGGUUUGUGUCCAUGGAGUGUUCUCAGGGCCUGCUUUGGAUCGUCUGAAUAGGUCGUGUUUCGAGGCCGUCGUGGUCACCAACACGAUUCCUCAAGAGGAGAACAUCAAACGAUGUCCCAAGAUCCAAUGCAUCGACAUUUCAAUGAUUCUGGCCGAGUCCAUAAGACGAACGCACAACGGAGAAUCAGUCUCGUACUUGUUUUCGCACGUUCCUAUGUAA